GGGGGGGGGGGGGGGGGUACCAGGGAGCUCCCCCAAAGCAGGUUCACAAACUGGGGGGCCCUUCUACUGUUCCUCAGCCUGUGUCUUCCAGGGCUGUGUCGCAGCAGGCUCAUCCUGGCUCUGGGGACUCUGUGCCUCAGUGCUGACUGGAUGCAGUGCCCCUCUUGCAUGGUUCACCACCUUGCCAGCACCUGCUUCUCCCAGUCAUGGGGCUCUCAGUGACACAGGGCACUAUUUAAUAUUUUUUUAAUAUUAUUUUAAUGUUUAAAUUUAUAAUAAUUUAUCUAUUUUUAUAAAAAAAGCAGAGCAUGAGGCAGAAGUCCCCAUUGUCAGGGCCAGGCCUGGGGGGUGGCAACAGGGCAGGUGAGGACAGGGGGAGCAGGAGAGAAGGGAGGUGAGAGGAGUGGGGAGGAGGGGGAGCUGUGGGCUUGGUGUCACUGCAGACAAGGGAAAUGAGAGUGAACUGGUACGGCUGGGGGAGAUGGGGCAGGUGAGCACAGCUGGAGUGUGGGACAGGUUAGAACAUCUGGAUAGGUGUGGGGCAGGUUAGAACAUCUGGAAAGGUGCAGGGCAGGUGCAAUGAGGGGGGAGCAGGUGAGCACCCCUGGGGUGGGGACCGGUUCAGGGUUACCCAAGCGAGGUCCCUGGCCCGGGGGGUCCUUCAACCGUUCUGGCAGCAUGGGGGAGCCCCGAGCAAGUGCAGCCGAGGGGAUCCCGGAUUGCCCGAGUCGUGUCUGCUGUUUUUAACCUAAAUAAACGGUGCCACCGGCACCAAGAGACCCCCGUGUCCCUACGCGUAUCGGUGCCGCCCACGGGGCUCGGCUCCGGGAGCCAGCAGUGCCCUCUGCAGGCAGCUGCCGCGGACCGCGAUGACCACCCGGUCCUUCCUGCCACGCCGCCGGCCCGGCUGAGCCCGCGGCCCCCGCCCGGCCCCGGUCUUGGCCCCGCCGAGAGAGGUGAGUGCGACCGCACCGUCGGCGUCGCCUCGGGAGAAGCAGGGAGAGAGAGACACCGGGAGCACAGCCGCAGGCAGUGGCAGAGCGCAGCGGCGAUGGCGAACCGUAGCCCGAGGGGACGGGCGGGGAGCGAUGGAGCCGGGGGUCGGUGGCAGCCGUGCGGAGGGUGAGGUGAGGACGAUGGCCAGCCCAGAGGACGACCUCAUCGGCAUCCCCUUCCCUGAGCACAGCAGCGAGCUGCUGAGCUGCCUGAACGAGCAACGGCAGCUGGGGCUGCUCUGCGACGUCACCAUCAAGACGCAGGGGCUGGAGUACCGCACCCACCGUGCCGUCCUGGCUGCCUCCAGCCGCUAUUUCAAGAAGCUCUUUGCAGGGCCGGGGCCGGGGCAGGAGGUCUGUGAGCUGGACUUUGUGGGGCCAGAGGCACUGGGUGCGCUGCUGGAGUUUGCCUACACAGCCACGCUGACCAUCAGCAGCGCCAACAUGGGCGAGGUGCUUCGUGCUGCCCGGCUGCUGGAGAUCCCCUGUGUCAUCGCUGCCUGCGUGGAGAUCCUGCAGGGCAGCGGGCUGGAGGCACCCGGCCCCGAUGACGGCGACUGCGAACGUGCCCGCCGCUACCUGGAGGCUUUCUCCACCCUCCCCGAGGGUGAGGUGCCUGCCCCGCCCCCCCCGCCCCCCCGCCCCACCGCCCGCCGCAGCAAGAAGACCCGCAAGUUCCUGCAAGCCCGUGGUGCCCAGCUCAACAACCACGCCGAGGAGCCGCCCGCUGAGGCUGAGGGCUCCGGCAGCCCCCCGCCGCCCUCCCAGCUGCCCUCGCCGCCUCUGCCCGAGGGGCUGUCCCUGCCCUACGACAGCUUUGAGCUGCCUGAGGAGGAGGAGCUGCCCCCACACCCCUUUCCCUUCCCCUACCAGCCCCCCUUGUCCCCUGAGGAGGCAGCUUCUGACGAUGACGCCAUCGACCCCGACCUGAUGGCGUAUCUGAGCUCGCUGCACCACGAGUCGCUGGCGCCUGGGCUGGAUAGCCCCGACAAGCUGGUGCGCAAGCGCCGCUCACAGAUGCCCCAGGAGUGCCCCGUCUGCCACAAGGUCAUCCAUGGCGCCGGCAAGCUGCCUCGCCACAUGCGCACACACACGGGCGAGAAGCCCUUUGCCUGCCAGGUCUGCGGAGUCCGAUUCACACGGAACGACAAACUGAAGAUCCAUAUGCGCAAGCACACAGGUGAGCGGCCCUACUCCUGCCAGCACUGCAGCGCCCGCUUCCUGCACAGCUACGACCUGAAGAACCACAUGCACCUGCACACAGGCGCCCGGCCCUACGAGUGCUACCUCUGCCACAAGGCCUUCGCCAAGGACGACCACCUCCAGAGGCACCUGAAGGGCCAGAACUGCCUGGAGGUGCGGACCCGCCGCCGCCGCCGCGAUGAGCCGCCGCCGCCGCCCGCGGGGCCCCCGGGCCUCGACCUCUCCAACGGGCGGCUGGAGGGGCUGCGCCUCUCCAUUGCCCGCUACUGGGCUCCAGGGCAGCCCGAGGAGGAGGAAGAGGAGCCGGAGGGUGAGGAAGGGCCACAGCCAGAUGGCACUGUGCCGGUGGAGAUGGCAUAGGGCCGAUGCAGCGGCAGGUGUCGUGCCGUUCCAUGCCGAGCUGUGCCGUGCCCACUGGGGUUUCUGUUCCUGUUUUUCCCGUCACGGUUCAUUCCUAGUUAUGCAAAGGGGGAAACUCCCCUCGGCCGAUUUGCACAAGGGGGUGGGGGGCCCCUACCACCCCCCACCGUGCCCGGGCCCACCUGGUCAUGCCCAGGCGGGUGGUGGGGGGAUUGGGACUUGGAUGUCCCCCCACCAAACCCCUCGUGGAUGCCAGGACCGGGCAGGGGCACCCAUGGACCAAGGCCCCCCCCAGGUGGGGAGAGCCCCCCCAUCCUCUCCAGUGGGGGGGGGCACUGCCCUACGCUGUGCAUAGCUUGUCCCCACCUCCCCACUCCAAGCAGCCCCCCCCCGGCGAGCUCCCCUCGCCCCUGCACUCCCGGCUGCUUUCUCUUGGUUGCACUAUUCGGGUGAGCCCACCCGGGUGUGGGGCAGCCCCGGCCCCCCCCGGACCCUUUCCCCUUCCUAAAUCCCCCGGCCCUGUGGGACCCCCCCCUUCCCUGGGGUGGCCGGGCCCCCACGGUCACCCCUCUGUCCUUUGCACAUGCCCCCCGCAGGGCGCAGCCUCCCCGGGGGUGGAGGGGACCGGCACUAUUUGUCUACAAAUAAGAGUUUUAUCUAUAUUUAAAAAGAUGAUGUAAUAUAUUCCCCCCCACAGCCCCUCCGCUGCCAACCACCAGCGCUGCCCGGCCUCUGCCAUGGGGUGCCGGGAGGGGUGAUGGGGCCGGGGGGGCUCUGCUCCCGUCAUGGCUUUAAAGUGCCUUAUGGUGAACUUGAACCUUUUCGGCUACUUGAACCUCUCUGGUGUCAGGAACCAAACAAACCAUGGGCGGGCGGCCCCCGCCCCGCCGGGCCGCCUCUGCCUGUCUGUAUGUCUGUUUGUUUUUUUGUUUUUUUUUUUUAAACGAAGGCUGCUUGGUAAUAAACGGAGAAGCAGGGA